CUGAACACCCGCGCCAUGAAUUCAAUAUCGAGGCAUUCUCAUCUAUGCUACAUGUUGCGAACGCUCUGAUACGCUGGCCUUCGACUAAGAACUGUAUCGGGGAGCAGGCUUAUCCGGAAUGAACCGCGCGCAUGUAUCGCCUAACGAUUACAGACGAGGCCAUUGUGCCCCUAGAAAGUGUGCAUCUCCUCCCUCUUUAACUGGAAACAAGGGAGCGAAACGCGAGAUCAGGUUCGCGCUUGGACCCAGCAAACGCUUCCCAGAAUCUUCUUACGGCGAUCCGAAUCUGGAGUGCGCGCUCGAGAGGUUGCAGUCAGUCCUUACGGAGUGAUUCAUUCCCUUGCACCGGUGCUGCGUUCCUCCGGGUUGUUGUCGCCGACUGCGGUACCGUAAGCCAACGGCGGAAACAUCUCCGGUGACUGUUCUGGCACUAGCCCGUUGAAAAAUCGCCAUUACGGUCCGCAAGUGGUUUGCCGUUGAAACACCGAUGAAGGUCUCACACUACGUCCCACAAAUGAGCUUGAAGUAUGCCAGCGACGAGAUAGCGAAGGCUAAGAACCCUUGUGAAUAUCGGCCAGGGACGGCACCGUCGAGAAGCCGGCCUCGUGCUGUAAUAGUCGGGGCUGAAAGAAGGGUAUAGAAUGCCAAAUGCUGAUGUACCCAGCCUUCAAGCUUCAGCCUCGGCGGAUAGCGGCUGUUCACGUCCAGAUGGGCCCGAAGAAGCCGCUAUUGCUCGCCGUUUCAGCUGCGUGAAUGUUGACACGACAUCGACAUAUUGCCGUAGAAGCAGGGUCAUUCGGUGGUAAGCCUAUAAAACCCCUUGCCUGCGCUCGAUUUCUUCAGAGCCUUUUCUUCCCUUUGCUCCCGUCUUCCACUCCACCAGCUUUCCUGCUCUUUACGAUGUAUCUGUUUUCUGCUCUCGCUUUCUUCUCUCUUGUUUCCUGCGCGCCCACCGUUGUGCAACGAGAUGUCUUUUCACCCCCGGUUCUCUAUCCUCGACAGGGGACUGUUUGGAAAAUCGGUCAGCGUCAUAACGUCACAUGGGAUCUGUCGAACGCGCCUGCGCACGUCACGAACUCGAUUGGCAUGAUAGUCCUCGUCAAAAACCACCGUAUGAUUGAUUUGGAGAAUCCUCUUGCCCAGAACUUCUCCAUUUUCGAAGGGCAUCACGAAAUUGUGGUUCCCCACCAUAUCACUCCAGGACAUGACUAUCAGAUCCUCGUCUUCGGAGAUUCUGGCAACACCGGGCCCAUGUUCACGAUCACAAAGUGAAGAACGAAGCGCGUCACACAUAAACGACUUUUACGAGCGCAACCUCUAAUCUCAUCUACCACGGACUUGUAAUGCCAUCACAGGCCAUCACACAACACAUGUACUCCUAUUGCUACCAUACAGACACUUGUAAUUGAAAUCGCCGUUUUGUCCCACGGAUCCAAUUUGUUCCGAACAAAGAUAUGCGUCAGGUGACUUGCGCUUAUCAUCGAAACUGAUGUCGAUCCUACAGCGAUGAACAGGAGAGCCUGUCGUCUGACUUGACCUUGCCCUCCGGUUCGGAGUCGCUCUUCUUGUCCGCUGUUAUGACCCCGUUCAUGUCUCUAUACAUUCUUCUCUUUGCUAGUUUCGCAUUCGGAGCUCCCUUGAGCAGUCGGACGGUCUACGCUCCCCCUAUCACAUCGCCGAAGGCUGAUACGGUUUGGACCGUCGGACAGAUUGAGACAGUUACGUGGAAUGCGACCGGGAUCCCUGCAGGCGCUAAGGGUCUGAUCAUGCUAGGCCACUUAUCGUCGAACGGCAGCGAGAACCUCGCUGAUAUCUUGGCCAGCGGCUUCAACUUGACCGAUGAGCAAGUGAACAUCACUGUUCCCCAUGUAGUGGCGAGAUCGACCUACAUUAUCGCACUGUUCGGUGAUUCGGGCAACAUCAGCCCGCAAUUCACCAUUCAGGGGAGUGCGUCCUCCGUCGGCCCCGGCAAGACUGCAUCCGCUGUUGCGACAGUGGCUGCGAGUACGACAGCGAGCAGGACCACACCUGACAUUGGUACCUUGCCCGUUCCCUCAACCCUGUCAUCUGCUGUUGCCUCCCCUAUCCCCAGUUCCACUGCUCCUUCGCCUGCAGCGCCGUCGGCGACUUUGUCUACCGAUAUUGCCUCAUCUCCCUCUUCGCCUUCAUCUUCCUCUUCACCUUCAUCAUCAUCUUCGCCUUCAUCUUCAUCUUUCCCUUCCGCUUCGCUUCCACCUUCGGUUUCACCUUCGCCUUCGCUCAGAUCAGGCGCGGCACGGAAGUCACGCGAUCCUGCCUUCUUGUCCUCGGCCAUCUUUUCGAUGAUGGCCGCAUCUCUGCUAGCCAUGUUCUAAGCUCUGCUUACGCCCAAUCACGAUUUCAUCUGUAGCCAUGUACCACAAUCAAUGAAUUCCUUGACGUCCAAUAUUCAGCAAUCUUCCAUUCGAGUCUUCUACGUGUCGAUGAUGCUCCGGGCAUCCUCUCUGGUAUACAUUCGCACUCUGUUCAACACAAAUAUCUGGAGCCAUCAAGGAGACCAUGCGGCAUUCAUGAAAUGCCACGAAAUUCGCAGCUCCCCAGUAGAGAGCGGAGCCAGCUGCUCGAAUAAAGAUGGCGACAUGUCUGCGGGCAUAUGAGGAAAUACAUCCUUUCGUUCAAAGAUAACACACCUAGGGAAGAUUCAUCGCAAGAGACACAACUAUCACGCGUCUGGCCGUACGCCACUUUCCCAUUCGCAGUGUUAGUUAUCUCGAUCCACUGGUGACGGGUGGUGAGUCGUAGAGAAAACUGAGCCAGGGUGGUGGCUGACCUGAUUGCAGUUGUCUCCGUUGUUAGCGUUAUAUCGUUGCAAGGAAAUGGCCACGACAGGGCUCGAGUCCUGAUCCCAGUAGCCACAAUUGCCUGGAGAACGGCUCGCAUCGAGCAUAAUCGCAGAAUCAAGCGCCCUCACCUUGGUCUGCAUUGGGAUGAUACCAUGUUCCCUAAUAGCAGUCGGAAUGGGGAAGAUAAGAUUAGAUGGAGGGGACGAACCCUUCCGACGUGCGUCGUCCGUUUGUCCAUGUCGGCGACGGCGUCCUGUGGGACGGGCAUGGCGCACAGCAUCACCACACAGAGCAUGAAGACGAUGAACAGCGCAGCACGGGACAUGGCGAUGAGAGGGAGAACGGGGGGCAGAGGGGGACCGAGAUCCUACCCAGACGAUAGGUGGAGCCGUGCCCUUUAUAUGCCCGCGAGACACUCGGCUUAUGAAAGAGUCUCGGACCAAAUGGGUACGAAUACUCAAGGUCGCGACGCUCAAGGACUCGUGAACCCUAAAGUGACAGAAUCGCCUCUGUGUCAGCGCGUUCCAUCCCAUUCCAUGGAUACCGCAAAGACUGUCGAAAAAAAAGUUUGGCAGGCGCGCUUGACGACGGAGACAACUAGAAUGAAGGGCGACAUUCACGUUUUUGGCCACGGGCACCAAAGUGAUUAUUUUGGGGUGUUUUCGGCGGAAGAAAAGCGACUAGCGGAAUAUGAAGGAGCCUCGAUGUGUGCUAAGGAACCCGCGGCCUUGCGAAGAUGCUGGCAGCUGAGCAUCCAUUUAGGUUUAUGGUGGACAUCAAGGGAUGGGGAAAUGCAAACGUGGAAAUGAUCGCUUGUCACGGUCUUGUCACACAGCGUCCGUUUGAUCUAAGCGCCCACUACACAAAUCUUUCACUGUUUUCUCACUCUAGACUGGGAACACGCUUGCUCGACGACAGGUGUCUCCCCGUCUGGCUGCCGAAUUUGGCUCAAUUGAUGACUGCCAUUGGUCUUCGUCCGCCUUGCGCCCCAACCUUCUUUUCCGCCGGGAUUCCAGUCCUCGAUGUCUUCUCCGAGUUCCCCAGCUGUUCCGACAAGAAGGGAGAAGUGAAGACAUUAUUAUGGCACUAGUUAAUGCGACGCUCUGGUCCCUCGCGGUACCUGCAUUGAGUCUGGGCCCCAGCUUCGCCUUCUAGCUUGCAUGGAGGCGAUAGUCGCCUUGCACGCCAUGUUCUAUGGCUUGAUGUGGAGUACGAUCGGCUUUGGCCCUCGCAGUAACAUAUCUUUCUGAUGGGAAAAGGCUCGGACCUUGCCUGGUGCUCCGGAUCCAGCAUUCAUAAUCCCAGCCGAGUGCCGAACGGUGUUUCCAUUGCAUAGUUGUUCAAGUUGCUUUACAUAGCCUGUUUGUACCACAGCUUUCAGGUUGGAAUCCAGUCCAGGUGUCAGGUUCAACCUUCUGAACCCGUCCCACGCCCGGCGCGUGGCAUCGAACGAAUCAUCGGCGCAAGUGUACUGCGGCUUAGUUAGUGCACUACUACUAUGACGCAACGACACAGCCCCUGUCACGGUGCUCGUACUUGCUAGUGUUGCUCUCCACGACGUAUCGAAUCCGAUGACCGUACAGAUGUUCGGUCAAGCUUUGCCAGAUCAGGUCGAUAAUAUCGCGUCCUUGCUCGACGCUCAUCUGCAUCUUCUGACGGAGGUCCGCGAAGUCUACAAAGAUCGCGCCGCACUGGAACGUGAAUACGCCACGAAACUUCAGGCCUUGAGUAAACGUGCAUCUGAGAAGAGGGCCAAGUCUCUCCCUGCCUUCGUCGUCGGUGACGAGCCAACGAGGUCGUUCGAUCCGACGGUUCUGGAUAGAAACACACUCAACGCGGCGUUCAACGAAUUAAUCUCGUCCAUGAACAACUCAGCUCAAGACCACGUCAACCUAGCCGAUGCCCUGACAACGCAAGUGGUGGACGUACUGAAGAAUGUCGAAAGAGCGAAGGAGGAGCUGAAGAAGCGGGAAAUGGCAUUCUUCCAAAAGCUGGUCAACGAACGCGAUCGGUCAUUCAACGAGCGCCUGAAAGCGAGCAAAGCAAAAGGUAAUGCCUAUCGUGAGGCAUGCAAAGUCUGCAACUUAAAAAAACACUUAAAGUAUGACGACGAAUGUUCUGAAGUCGAAAGUGUCCGCCAGAAGCAGGUUCGUGCCAGUGAUGACCGACACGCGGAAAGGGCAGCAAGACAAGCCGAACAGCAGCGCGUGGACAUGCUCAACAGCAAAAACGUAUACAUCAUCUCGACUCGUGUUGCCAAUGCCGUCAAGGCCAAGUUCUAUGACGAGGAUCUGCCUGCUCUCGAGGAUCAAUUCCAGAUCCUCCAAGGCCGUCUUGUCAGACGAUUUGCCGAAAUCCUGAGCCAUUCACAGGCCUUGGAGAUAGCGCAUCUCGACACUCUCAAGGGCCGGCUAGCUGGUGUCGAAGUUGCGAUUGAGGCAAUCGAUCCUGCUCAGGACCAGAAUCUGUUCAUUGAGUACAACAUCCGCUCGUUCACACCACCUGUCGACUGGAAGUUCGAGCCGUGUGUAACUCACUAUGACACUGAAGAAAUGAGCAUCGAGCCUGCACCGAAGGUCUUCCUUCAAAAUAAACUGAGCAGAUGCAGGUCAAAACUCAAGGAGCUAGCGCCGGUGAUUGACGGAAAACGUAUGCCAUUUGCCGUGCCAAGGAGCUAUUUAGAAGCGAAUCAUCAGCUCACGUCAUACGCAACGUCGGAACGUAUCCUGAAAACGGAAGCGGAGGUCAUUUCGGCCGUUAUUGGUGACGACGAGGGAGACCAACAGCCUCACUCGUUCAAGAGCUCCUCGUUUUCCAUACCCACACAGUGUGCUUACUGCAAGUCAUCAAUUUGGGGCCUCAGUAAACAAGGCAAGACCUGCAAAGCAUGCGGAAUCUCAGUCCAUUCUAAAUGCGAGCUUAAGGUUCCAGCAAAUUGCAAGCAUGCGACUGGUUCUGUCAUGAGGAGCACGUCUCGCGUCAGCCCAGCACCGCCCACGCCAUCUGCCUUCGUCCAGUCGGUGGCUGAGGAAACUUACGAGGAGACAUAUCAGACUGCUCGAGUUUUGUUUGACUUUACGCCAACGUCCGAGUUUGAGUUGCAUGUGUCUGAGGGGGCCUCUGUGCAAGUUCUGGAGCCAGACACCGAUGGGUCGGGCUGGGUCAAAGUCUCGGACGGCCAGAGUGCGGGUCUCGUCCCGGCAUCCUACAUCUCGUACGAGGAUGCUACGAGCUCAGCCGAGGGUAGCGGAAAGUAUGUGCGAGGGGUCUAUCCGUAUUCGGCAAACGGCCCGGACGAGUUAUCAGUCGCUGAGGGUGAGUUGAUCGAGCUCACAGAAGGCCCAAGCGGAGGACAACAUUACGGAGAUGGCUGGUGGGAAGGCAAGUCUGAGUCAACUCUCACGGAGCCAAGGGCAUAUUUCCUAGCAACUACGUCGAAAUGGCAUAAGAAGUUGGGUUCCCUGUUACUUUAG